AGGAGACUGUAGUCAAAAAGAGUUCUCCUCCUUCUUUCUCACGCUGUUUCUGCCUCCUCCUGGUUAGACGAUUAGAUAUUUAGGGAUUUGGAAACCGAACACGCCUGAAGCAUCCCUAAAAUGGAGAUUACGGAGCGGAGGGACGAUGAGAUCAGAGACUCAAAAGAAUCGGCAAACAUGGACAAUAUCAAGUCGCAGUACGUUACCGACUCCUUUUCCGAUGAACGCUACUCUCGCGAGCUCAAGGAUGGUCUCCAUCCUUUACGGUACAAGUUUGCGAUUUGGUACACACGUCGAACACCAGGGGUCAGGAGCCUGACAUCUUACGAGGAUAACAUUAAGAAGAUUGUCGAGUUCAGCACUGUUGAAGGGUUUUGGGCUAGUUAUUGUCAUCUUGCUCGUUCUUCUCUCUUGCCUAAUCCAACAGAUCUUCAUUUCUUUAAGGACGGGAUUCGACCCUUGUGGGAGGAUGGUGCCAACUGCAAUGGAGGAAAGUGGAUCAUACGUUUCCCCAAGGUUGUAUCUGCUCGCUUCUGGGAGGAUCUGCUUCUUGCGUUGGUAGGAGACCAGCUUGAUGAUGCUGAAAACAUAUGUGGGGCAGUGCUGAGUGUCCGCAUCAACGAGGACAUCAUUAGUGUAUGGAACCGCAAUGCUUCUGAUCAUCAGGCGGUGAUGGGGUUGAGAGACUCAAUCAAGCGGCAUUUGAAGCUGCCUCAUGCUUAUGUCAUGGAGUACAAGCCACACGAUGCUUCUCUUCGCGACAACUCAUCCUACAGAAACACAUGGCUGAGAGGAUAGGUUCGAAGUUGACCAAUUGUGUCACGUGAUAUGGAGAAAGAUUCGGGAAGCUCUCCUGCAAUGAUAUCACUGGCUUAGAAUCUCAGCAAUGAAAAAUCCUGGCUAAUUCUGCAGCAGUAGUUUUUCAUUCGUUUUCUGGUUUCUAGCUGUUCUUGUUACCUUCAAUGGUGACUCUUGUUUGAAACUCUACUGUUUCAUUUUCAAAAGAAAACAUGAGCUUACUUUCUGGUUUUACAUUGUUAUGACUUGUCUUGAAGAUUAUGUCAAUAUACAAUUUGACUUCCUGCAA